CUGCCCUUCAGCUUGCCAGCGACAGCAGAGGAGCUGUCUUUAUCAGGUGGGGGUCCUGCUGGGUAUCGGCCACUGCAGCCUCGGUCAGCCUCGGAAACGUUCUCCUUCGCAGCUCUGUCCACACACCACAACCAAGAUGCCCAAGACGGUCAACGUUCGCGUCACGACUUUGGACGCAGAGCUGGAGUUUUCCUUCCACCCCAACACCAAAGGAAGUCAACUCUUUGAGCAGGUUGCCAAAACUAUCGGUCUGCGUGAGGUUUGGUAUUUCGGGCUGCAGUUUGUCGACAGCAGAGGAUUCAUCUCAUGGCUGCUCCCUGACAAGAAGGUGUUGUCCCAGGAUAUAAAGAAAGAGACUCCCCUACAGCUCAAGCUCAGGGUCAAGUUUUAUCCUGAGGACGUGGACGAGGAGCUGAUCCAGGACAUCACCAGGAGGCUCUUUUUCCUGCAAGUGAAGGAGGACAUUCUGUCAGACGAGGUCUACUGCCCUCCAGAGUCCGCCGUGCUGCUAGCCUCCUACGCCGUCCAAGCAAAAUUUGGAGAGUACGACAAGUCCGUGCACGGCCCGACUUACCUGUCCUCUGAGCGUCUUCUCCCCAAAAGAGUUCUGGAUCAACACAAGCUGUCGAAGGAGCAGUGGGAGGAGAGGAUCCAGGUCUGGCACGAGGAGCACCGAUCCAUGCUGAAGGAAGAGGCCAUGAUUGAAUACCUGAAGAUUGCUCAAGACCUCGAGAUGUUUGGCGUCAACUAUUUUGAGAUCAAGAACAAGAAGGGCACAGACCUGUGGCUGGGAGUCGACACUCUGGGGCUCAACAUCUACGCUAAGGAGGACAAGCUUACCCCAAAGAUUGGAUUUCCAUGGAGUGAAAUUAGAAACAUUUCUUUUAAUGACAAGAAAUUUGUCAUCAAGCCCCUAGACAAGAAGGCUCCUGACUUUUUAUUCUACGCUCCGCGACUCCGUGUCAACAAAGGCAUCCUGCACCUUUGCAUGGGCAACCAUUCUCUGUACAUUCGCCGCCGCAAGGCCGACACCAUCGAGGUUCAGCAGAUGAAGGCUCAGGUCAAACAAGAGAGGCAGCAGAAGAAGAUGGAGAGAGAUCAGCUCGACAGUGAGAAGAGGAGGAGGGAGGCUAUCGAGAAGGAGAAGGAGCAGAUGGAGAGAGAAAAGCAGGAGCUGAUGACGAAGCUUUACCAGUUUGAAGAAACAACGAAGAGAGCAGAGAGAGAGCUUCAGGAGCAGCUGGAGCGGGCCAGGAGGCUGGAGGAGGAGAGGAGGAGGGUGGAGCAGGAGGCGGCCCGGCUGGAGGCUGAGAGGAUGGAGGCCAUAAUUGCCAAGGAGGAGCUGGCCAGGCAAGCUGAGGAGCAGAUGAAGAGCCAGGAGCAGCUGGCUGCAGAGCUGGCAGAGUACACCGCUAAGAUCAGCGUCCUGGAGGAGGCUAAGAAAGCAAAGGAAGAAGAAGCUGAGACAUGGCACAUCAAGGCGAUGGAAGUGGAGGAGAAUCUGAUGAAGACCAAAGAGGAGCUGCAAAGCGUGAUGACUCCCAUCAACUCAGCUCCUGCUGCUGCGUCCUCGUCCUCCUCAGACAGCGAGAGCGACCACGAGCACAGCGAAGAAAACAGCACCUACAGCGCCGAGCUGCAGACGCAGGGCAUCGACGACCAUCGCAAGGAGGAGGAGAGGCUCACCGAGGCCGAGAAGAACGAGCGUCUGAAGAAACAGCUGAUGGACCUGAGCUCAGAUCUGGCAGACGCCCGGGACGACAGUAAGAAGACCGUGAAUGAUAUGCUGCAUGCUGAGAACGUCCGGGCGGGCCGCGACAAGUACAAGACCCUCAAGCAGAUCCGCCUGGGCAACACCAAGCAGAGAAUCGACGAGUUUGAAGCUUUGUAGAAACUUAAAAGACCUGAUCUGUCCAAACCCCUCGAGAAGAAUCUGUUCAGCAUAUUUAAUUUCAAGCAGAACGUAAUGAUUACAGACAGAUGCUGAAGAACCAGAAAGGAACGGUUAGACCUCUGCACCUCGGUGCGUUUCAGCUAAAGCUCUGCUGUUGUUGUUGUGAAACCUUUCUCUGAUUAUUCUCAGUAACUUGUAAUUCUGGAUGAAGAUGUGUCUGUCCCUCAGCUCAGCUGUGAGAUGAGGGCAGAACAGGAAUCAUAUACUGUAUUUUUCGGAUUAUAAGGCGCAAUAUCAACAAACGGGUCUGUUUUCAUACAUGAGG